AUGCAGGCGUCAACAGAAGGUGUACUCGGAGCCGCCGUUGGAACCAGGCCUGAUGCUCCAACCGCAAAGAGUGGCGGUCGUUGCAACUGGCCCGAUGACCAUGAUGCCAAACUGACGCCGAGCGAGGCAGGUAGCAAAAGUUACAGGCCAAACUCAAACUAUGUUGCUGUGCAAGGAGAGGUAUUGAGUAGACGUCACAAGCCCUGA